AUGUGUGAGGUGAUGCCCACAAUCAAUGAGGGGGACCCCCUAGGGCCCCCCCACGGCGCCGAUGCUGACGCCAACUUUGAGCAGCUUAUGGUGAACAUGCUGGAUGAGCGGGAGAAGUUGCUGGAGUCCCUCCGGGAGAGUCAGGAAACCUUGGCAGCCACGCAGAGCCGGCUCCAGGAUGCCCUGCAUGAGCGGGACCAGCUCCAGCGACACCUUAACUCUGCCCUCCCUCAGGAAUUUGCCACCUUGACCCGGGAGCUGAGCAUGUGUCGGGAGCAGCUUCUAGAGAGGGAGGAAGAGAUAUCAGAGCUGAAAGCAGAACGGAAUAACACAAGGCUGCUUUUAGAACAUCUGGAGUGCCUGGUGUCCCGCCAUGAGCGGUCACUGCGGAUGACGGUGGUGAAGCGCCAGGCCCAGUCACCUUCAGGGGUCUCCAGUGAGGUGGAGGUGCUAAAGGCCCUCAAGUCUCUGUUUGAGCACCACAAAGCCCUGGAUGAGAAGGUUCGAGAAAGGCUCCGGGCGGCACUGGAGCGCGUUACCACCUUGGAGGAGCAACUGGCAGGAGCCCACCAGCAGGUGUCUGCCCUGCAGCAGGGGGCAGUGGUGCGGGAUGGAGUGGCAGAAGAGGAGGGGACUGUGGAGCUGGGACCGAAACGUCUGUGGAAGGAUGACACGGGCCGGGUGGAGGAGCUGCAGGAGCUCCUGGAGAAGCAAAACUUUGAGUUGAGCCAGGCCCGGGAGCGACUGGUCACCUUGACAGCAACCGUAACAGAACUUGAGGAGGACCUGGGAACAGCCCGCCGGGACCUCAUCAAGUCAGAGGAGCUGAGCAGCAAGCAUCAACGGGACCUCCGAGAGGCUCUGGCUCAGAAAGAGGACAUGGAAGAACGAAUCACCACACUGGAGAAGCGCUACCUAGCUGCUCAGCGUGAGGCCACAUCCAUCCAUGACCUCAAUGACAAACUGGAGAAUGAACUGGCCAACAAGGAGUCCCUGCACCGCCAGUGUGAGGAGAAGGCCCGACACCUACAGGAGCUGUUGGAGGUGGCAGAGCAGAAACUGCAGCAGACAAUGCGCAAGGCAGAGACGCUGCCAGAGGUGGAGGCUGAGCUGGCCCAGAGAAUCGCAGCUCUCACCAAGGCUGAAGAACGGCACGGCAACAUUGAGGAGCACCUGCGGCAGCUGGAAGGGCAGCUGGAGGAGAAGAACCAGGAGUUGGCAAGGGUGCGCCAGCGGGAGAAGAUGAACGAGGACCACAACAAGCGGCUGUCAGACACCGUGGACAGGCUGCUUAGCGAGUCCAACGAGCGCCUGCAGCUCCAUCUCAAGGAGCGCAUGGCCGCCCUGGAGGAGAAGAACACGCUGAUCCAGGAGUUGGAGAGCUCCCAGCGUCAGAUUGAGGAGCAGCAUCACCACAAGGGCCGCCUGUCUGAAGAGAUUGAGAAGCUGCGCCAAGAGGUGGACCAGCUGAAGGGUCGAGGGGGGCCAUUUAUGGAUGGCAUCCACUCCAGGUCACACAUGGGCAGCGCAGCGGAUGUGCGGUUCUCCCUGAGUACAACCACCCACGCGCCCCCAGGUGUGCAUCGCCGCUACUCAGCACUGAGGGAAGAUUCAGCUAAGGACUGGGAGCCAUCUCCACUGCCUGGAUUGUUGGCCUCCACAGCCACUCCUGCUUUUGACAGUGACCCUGAGAUCUCUGAUGUGGAUGAAGAUGAGCCAGGGGGUUUAGUGGGCUCCGUUGAUGUUGUCUCCCCUGGCGGCCAUUCAGAUGCCCAGACCCUGGCCAUGAUGCUGCAGGAGCAGCUGGAUGCCAUCAACGAGGAGAUCAGGAUGAUCCAGGAAGAGAAGGAGUCCACGGAGCUUCGCGCCGAGGAGAUCGAGACGCGUGUGACCAGCGGCAGUAUGGAGGCCUUAAACUUGACACAGCUGCGCAAGCGUGGUUCUAUCCCCACCUCUCUGACUGCCUUGUCCCUGGCCAGUGCAUCCCCUCCACUCAGUGGCCGCUCCACUCCAAAGCUCACCUCCCGCAGCGCUGCCCAGGAUCUGGACCGGAUGGGGGUCAUGACCCUGCCCAGUGACUUAAGAAAGCAUCGGAGGAAGCUGCUGUCGCCAGUGUCUCGGGAAGAGAACCGAGAGGAUAAAGCCACCAUAAAAUGUGAGACUUCUCCUCCUUCCUCACCCAGGACGCUGCGGCUAGAGAAGCUUGGCCACCCAGCCCUGAGCCAGGAAGAAAGCAAGAGUGCCUUGGAGGAUCAGGGCAGCAACCCCAGCAGCAGCAACAGCAGCCAGGACUCCUUGCACAAGGGUGCCAAGCGCAAGGGCAUCAAGUCGUCCAUUGGCCGCCUGUUUGGGAAGAAGGAGAAGGGCAGGCUGAUCCAGCUGAGUCGGGAUGGAGCCACAGGCCAUGUUCUGCUAACAGACUCCGAGCUCAGUCUGCAGGAACCCAUGGUACCUGCCAAGCUGGGGACCCAGGCAGAGAAGGACCGGCGACUGAAGAAGAAACACCAGCUGCUUGAGGAUGCCCGCAGGAAAGGAAUGCCCUUUGCCCAGUGGGACGGUCCCACUGUGGUCUCCUGGCUGGAGCUAUGGGUGGGGAUGCCUGCCUGGUACGUGGCAGCCUGCCGGGCCAACGUCAAGAGUGGUGCCAUCAUGUCUGCCCUGUCGGACACAGAGAUUCAGCGGGAGAUCGGCAUCAGCAAUGCCCUGCACCGGCUCAAGCUCCGGCUAGCCAUCCAGGAGAUGGUAUCGCUGACCAGCCCCUCGGCCCCACCCACCUCCAGGACAUCUUCUGGGAAUGUCUGGGUCACCCAUGAGGAGAUGGAAACUCUGGCAACAUCCACCAAAACAGACAGUGAGGAGGGCAGCUGGGCUCAGACCCUGGCUUAUGGAGACAUGAACCAUGAAUGGAUUGGGAACGAAUGGCUGCCCAGCCUGGGGCUCCCCCAGUACCGCAGCUACUUCAUGGAGUGUCUGGUGGAUGCACGCAUGCUGGACCACCUCACCAAGAAGGACCUGCGCGUCCACCUGAAGAUGGUGGACAGCUUCCAUCGGACCAGCCUUCAGUACGGCAUCAUGUGUCUGAAGAGGCUGAAUUACGACCGGAAGGAACUGGAGAAGAGGCGGGAAGAGAGCCAGCACGAGAUCAAGGAUGUGCUGGUUUGGACCAAUGACCAGGUGGUUCAUUGGGUACAGUCUAUUGGGCUUCGGGACUAUGCAGGAAACCUGCAAGAGAGUGGUGUCCAUGGUGCCCUGCUGGCUCUGGAUGAGAACUUUGACCACAACACACUGGCCUUGGUCCUCCAGAUCCCCACGCAGAACACCCAGGCCCGCCAGGUGAUGGAGAGAGAGUUCAAUAACCUCUUGGCCUUGGGCACAGACCGGAAGCUGGAUGAUGGGGAGGACAAGGUGUUCCGCCGCGCGCCCUCCUGGAGGAAACGCUUCCGGCCGCGGGACCACCACAGCGGCGGCAUGCUGGGCACCUCGGCAGAGACGCUCCCGGCAGGCUUCCGCGUGUCCUCCCUGGGGACCCUGCAGCCCCCUCCCGGCCCUCCCAAGAAAGUCAUGCCUGAAGCUCAUUCCCACUAUCUCUACGGACACAUGCUCUCCGCCUUCCGGGACUAGCCACGGCCUGGGCCGGCGUCCUUCUGGUUUCACAGGCUCAGCCGGCCCUGACCCCUCCUGCUCGUUCCCCUUCUUCCCACGGCUCCUAGUCUCGUCUGUGACCUUCCGGUUGCCCUGGAUCUCAGAAUAUAUUCAUCUAUCCCCUCGACAUCCCACUACUCCUGAGUCCCACUGCGUGUCCUUUGUAAGUCUCGUGAUUGUGGCUGGGGUCUCCCGUGUUGUGGAGGCACUCAGGUUGUCCAUGCUUGGGAUUCUGGGGGAAGAGAGAAGGGCAGCCCGCAGUGGCUGUGACCUCACCCUCCCUCUGGACCUGGCCUGGUUUGGACUGCGCCCUCCACCAGGAGGAUCCUGGGCCAAGGACUGAGAUGGCCCUUUCAAAAAAGGUGGCACUUCACACUGUCCUGUUUGGGCUAUUUGGUCUUUUGGUCCCUGUCCACUCUGGUUGUGCCAGAUUGUCUGAGGGUUGGUUUUGGCACCCUCAGCUCCACCCUCCCCCAGUCCAUCACCACCACUUGCAGCUUCUGCCUUGAGGACUUGCUUGGGGCUCAGGAUGCUGAGGCUAGGAGAGGAUCUAGGAAACCUGAGGUAGAAAUUCUGAGUCCCCACUCAAAUUGAAUCCCAAACAUGAGUUUGGGAAGAAUCAGAGCAAAAUGGACCUCAGUUUUGGGCUAAGGUCAGGGUGGGGAAACUCUUAGCCCCAUGCCCAGUAAGCCGGGUAGGCAGGCAAGCUAGUAGGAGCUGAUGACCUCUGGUAGCCUUAAGCUCAAAGGACAGUAGGAAUGAUACCAGCCCCAACCAAAGGGUGGAGCUUCAUCUGGGCUGGGAGGAGUGCAUCAUAACCCUGGGGCAGAACAGAUCCCACUGGGUUCUGCCCACUGUGACCCCAGCAUCUCUUCCCCAUCAUCCUCUGCCUUACUUAUUCAGUAAUCCCAGCCCCCUAAAAAUGAACCCGAUGAGUGGAUUGAAUAUACAUUGACCCUAAAAGCAGAUUUGGGAAAAAGACAGUCUGAAGCUUUCUUCCUUUGACCUGCUGAGAAGAAAAAGCUUCCCCUUCUGAGAAUCAUGUCCCAGGCCUAGGAAAUGUAGUGUUGAUGAAGGAAAUCAUUCCUGCUUGUCCCUAAAUCAUCCAACCCUCUUCAGGACUCUUUUGCUGUGCAGGGACUGUCACCUCCAGAAAUUUCUGAGACCCACCCAGCUUUCACCAUUUUGUUUUCCCUAUCAGCAUGGUGGGAAUGGGCAGAGGGCUGCAGGUCCUGGUUUGGAAGGAAUACUAUUCCCAGAAAUCUCUCUUCCCUACCCAUUCCUUCAUCUUACCAAGGUGCCUGAAAGUGCUUGGAACUCAAGUUCAUGGGUUGAUGGGAUCUAGGGCUUCAUCCAAGUGAGAGGAGAGGGAGGGUGUCUGGGCGUGUUAGUUGGAGAGAUGCCAGUGCAGCGCCAUCCUACAGGUGGCCGGAGCAGCUGGUUUGCCGCCUGUUCCACUUGGCUCUGAGCAGGGCUAGGCUAGCAGGUGGAGUAAUGGGCCACAGUACCCUGUCCUGAAGGACUGCUGGAACCUGGAGCUGUACUGGGACUUAGAGCCUGGUGCUACCUCUUAGUAGAGGGAGCUUGUCCAGUGGUGUGUCUAGGGGCCUCUCCCCUGGGCUGGGCCAGGCAACCACCUGCCCUUGCUCUCUGUUAUUGCUUCCUGCCCUUUCUGCCAUCAGGCUUCUAGGAGUAGAGACAGAGCAUACAAUGAAUCGGGUAGAGAGAACACGCCCCUAUUCUUGGGUAACGGAUGUUGAAAUUAUGAACAUACUCCAGGUUCCUGAGAUGGGUGGAGUGGAGCAGCAGAAGGCCAUCUGCCUCCCGCAGGGGAGUCUCAUGGCUCGCUGCGUAGGAGAGGCAGCUCUAGCCUCUUGUCUCUGCAUCUUCACCUUGUCGUGGUUGGCCUUGUCAUAGGCGGCAGCUGGGCCCCUUGAAGAGUGUUGCAGGGAGACCAUGAAGCGGCAUCUACACAGUGACGGAAGGCGGUUGUCUCGGUGUACCCCUUGCCUCAUAGUCAAUAUAUUUUUUUCCUUGAGAGUCACCAGUGACCCGAGCCCUCCUCACCAGCCUCCUGUGUCUCACCAGGCCCCUUCUCAGUACUGUAUUGGCUCAGUGCAUCAGGAGUGGGUGUGUGGGUGUGUGUGGGUGUGAGUGUGGGUAUGUGCGUACCAAUAAACAACCUGGUUUUAAG